AUGAUCCUGAGCGAGGGCGGCGAGAUGCUUAGACAGGAAGACGACCAGGAAACCAACACCGCUUGCCUCAUGGCUGCCGGAGUUGGCGGCGGCAUGAUGCAUCCCGGAAUGCAACAUCAGGACAUGUCUAUGGGCGCUGAAGCUGACGACGGAUAUCCGGAUGAUGGUGGAGAUGACGAUGGUACAGACGGCGACCUUCUGGAGGGAGAGGAGUGCGGCUCCCCGGGGAGUUUCUCCGGAACUUCCACGCUCUCGCAACAGAAGCGGCGGUUUGCUGACGUGAAACCACCUUACUCAUACAUCGCGCUGAUAACAAUGGCCGUCGAGAGUUCCACGAAUGGAAUGAUGACGCUCAAUGAGAUCUACGCAUUCAUUAUGAACCGCUUCCCGUACUUCAAGGAGAACCAACAGCGAUGGCAGAACUCCAUUCGUCAUAACCUGUCAUUAAAUGACUGUUUUGUCAAGGUUCCGCGCGCCCCCGGCCGACCUGGAAAGGGAAACUACUGGGCGCUGCAUCCCGGCUGCGGGGACAUGUUCGGCAACGGAAGUUUCCUCAGAAGAGCAAAACGGUUCAAGUUACAGAAGCAAAAGAUGGCGAUGGAAGCGCAUGUACAACACGUGAACUCUUACGGACACUUUAGCCUGUACCCACCACACGGCUAUAAACCGUAUCCGGCCCUUAAUCCCUUGGGUCUACCGUCAUUCCCACAAGGCCUUGGACAAUCACAACAAUACCCGGGUCUCCCUCAAAAACAGGAGCCCUGGUCGACGCAGCCAACAUCUACCUACCCACCCUACUACCCCGGCGGGUCCAUGUCAAACGGUCUCAGUAACUCGCUGGGUAACGGUAUUCCCAAUAGUUUCGGUUCGAGCCUCGGGGGAUCGUUGGGAAGCUCUUAUCUUCCGGUGACCACCUCGCCUCCCAUGCCACCCAGCACCAACGCGUCACUCGGCGCCUACUCCUCAUUCCAACAGCCACCUUACUACGGAUCCCAGUAUUCCACGCAGCUGACUCGGUGA